AUGAAUGUGGCGCCACCGACUGGUUUUGCUGGGGUCAAGUAUUGGUCUCUUGACAGUACUCUAAGGAACACUCUUUUAUACGGUGGACCUGGACCGACACCAGUUGUGCCACGAAAAACGAAAACCAAAUACAGGGCAUCCGAUGGUUUCAGACACUGUACCUCAGUACGGACUGCUGUACCUUCCGGUACUACAGUCCGGAUCAAUUCUGCAUUCUUCCUGUCGGCUCGCGGGGUCUCUCUCGACCCCCGAGCCUCAGGGCCACAUCGCCCUCACCCACGACGGGCCUGGCCCGGUUCAUGCGAAGGCUUCAACCUGCAAGUUGAGCCCGAGCAACAGAAAACGUACCCUUGUCUCCGUAUUGCAAUCUCCUAUGACGAGAUCUGGGCCGAGGGGAUAGUCAGUUCCCAAGUUGCUCCGACGAAAGGUGAGGGCAGGAGUCUUCGUGCGAGAGAUAAGCGUCUGCAACCAGCUACUGUGCCUGGACUCCCUGCAUGGCCUGGCCACGCCGCCUUGCCUCCCGAAUGCAUCCCAGAAAUGGAUCACCUCAACCCAAGCACUCCGAGUGGGUAA